AUAACAGCGGGUAGCGACUCUCUUGCUGGCUGCGAGAAUGCUGUCAGCGUCUCUCACUGGUGUUGGGGUGAACCUCAGUGGCACCAUCGGACAGGAGACGCAGCCGCAGCCGCGAAGUACCGGAAACAAGCCGGGAAUGAACCUGCGAAUGGUUUUACGAUUACGGCCACCCGAAGAUCCAACGAAAAUACCAGUCUUAGAAAGGACCGAGCCAAGAACGGUUUUCCUCCGAGAUACACGAAACGAGCGAUACGAAGACAAAUCAUACACGUUCGAUGGCGUCUAUGAAAACGAGCGUACCAGCGACGUCUUCGAGUCCGAGCUAGGAUCCAGAGCAAUGGCACCACUGUAGUUCCCCUUCUUCGUUUUCUCCUUUGCUUCUUUGAUGAUGUUAGUUCGGUGGCGGCAAGGUGCUCGAUUGGGCGAAUUCUCGAGCUUCGCGGGAGAAGGAACAUCUGCCAGCGGCUUCGCGCUUCAUUCACGGAGAGAGUGGGCCGAACAGGGUAGCGUCUGCAGGACCGCAGUGGAGAGAGGCGCCGCAACUGCGUGCGUGUUUGUUAUAUGCGUGCGGGACAAUGUGCGAGGCCUUCGGGCUUCUGAGUCGGAGACACUCACGGCGUGGGAACGCCUGGCGGCCAUGCUUGGCGCACACACCUCGCGAGUCAUUUGGUGAAGACCGGCCACGGAAGUCCAACGGAUGCCGUAGGGCUUUCGGCAGUGUCCUCCCUGAGCUCUGCGAUAGCUCUGCGCGCGCGCUCGGAUUUAUCGUAUUCUAGGGCGCGGGCGUGGGUGACUGCGGCCGCGCUCUUCGCCCUUUGGGAAGAGGACGGGGGGGAAGCUCUUUCUGUGGUCGCGUGGCCUGUUAGGUGGCGGAGGUGCGGCUUGUAUUUGUUACCGCAAGCGGCCGGGCAAGAAGCCCCGGCCCGCAAAAUAUAAGGAUGAGGACCGAAGCGACUCCUGAAUUUGGCCCGCAUGCUCACCAGUGCGGGCAGGCUUCGCAGCUACCUGACGCGGCAGAGCAUUCCUACCCUUACCGGACAAGCUCCGCGGCUGAUGUUGUCUUGCAUUUUUCUGAGGGCAAGCAUGCCUUGGCUUCUGCUGUGCUUGUCGCGGUGUGUAAGCCAACCGCUCAGUUGGAAGGAAUGCCACCGCUGUUCGGGUCGAGUUUCUUUGUUCGGCUCUUCCUUUUCGUUCGGGUCUGGGUUUUCGUUCCAGGUGUUUGGGCGAGAAGUUUGCCGCCGCCCCCUUUUUUUUCAUUCUUGUGCGCGCCUUGCCAGCCUCCCUUUCAUUGUUGGCGGGCGUUGGUUUCAUUCUUUUUUUUGGUUGUUGCUUCAUAUCCUAUUGCCGGUCGGUCGGCUCCGCUCUGGGCCUGCUCGGCCCUCGAAUGUUCGUGGAUGUUGCCUUCGCUAGGGUUGCGCUGAGUGUAUGCAGUGCUAGUGUUGUGGUUGUGGGUGUGCGUAGCCUUAGCUUCGGCACUUGACCAGAGGCGGGGCCCCCGGUUUUUCGUUUAUCGCAAAGGAGUCGUGGCCGCCCGCCCCCGUCGUGGUGCUGUCGUGUUGUUUCCCUCAUCCGCGAUGCAGGCUGAGCCAUGGCAAGGUGGCCGCGCGCUUACCCUGGUGUGGUAGCAAAGUAGCGUUAUGACGGCUUGUUGUCUCUCUGGUUGUGGGAGUGAGUCGCAGCCAUAGCUCUCUGCCGGGCUGGCUUUGCAAGUGCAAACGCUUGCCAGAAGCAAAGCACAUCUUGAACUAUCAGUAUCACUCACACUGACUCACUCAGGUUCGAUGGUCGGCAUUGCACGGUCUUCGCGCAUGGUGCUACCGGAAGCGGUAAGACUUACACUAUGCAGGGCGACGACCUCGAGUCUAAUGCAGGGUUUAUUCCUCUUGCAGUGAGACACAUUUUGCAGAUUUGGGAAGAGUGUGACCCGUUACGCGAGGACUACAAGAUAACUUUCUCCCUGUACGAACUUUACUGCGACAAAGUCCGCGACUUGCUGCAGGAUCUUCCCAAAGAAGAGGCUUUUAGCAAAAAGAGCGUCGUCACAAAGCGUUGGCUCGGUGAGGGCAAUCCACAUCUUAGUGGCGUCAAGGGUAGCGCGGCCGGGGAUGGAAAGUACUUACCUAGAUUGCUUACCAUUCGUGUAAUGAAUUAUGAUGUCAACCUAUUGAACGAUGAUUAAGAGCAGAUCAUUGAACUGUUAGUUCAAAAUGGAGGUUUUUGGAUUUGGAGAGGUCUUUGCUUCACCUGCCUGUCACACGAUGCUCACGUGUUGUUGCAAUUUAUUGCAUGAAACAUUGAUUGUUGUAUGUGACGCGUUAGUCUUUUGGGUAGAAGACAGAGAUUGUAGAACACGAAGUAUGUUUGAAGCAAGCCGCGCCAUCAUUCCUGUCAUCUUCUCAUUUAGAUCAAGUUCAAGAACAUGAUAUUGAGAGGUACCGCAUUGACGACCUUCCGGUGCAGAUGGACAAAAGCGGCGAGGAAGUAGUGGCGCAGCUGAUGAGCGUCCCAAUUGAGUCGGUUGAGCAAU